AUGCGCCCUUCACACUAAGGUUAAAUUGUCCCUCUUCCCAGGGAUACACGGGCAGCGCGGCUGGAGCGAUCAUUUCAUCAGCCGCCCCGUCAUCCCUCGCAAAUGCGAUUUAUUAUAUAUUAUAGAAGAACUCUGAGUGUGCAUGGGUGUAAUCUUAAUAUUUUCCUGUAAUAUCCUAAAACUUGCUUUCAGAACUGCACUUCUGUAGCACUUCUGUCUUUCCCCUAACAGCUCAUUCUUCUCCGGGGUGUUGCACGCCGCAUCUCGGGCUUUUCUGCAGGAUGCCCGCUGCCGCAGUAAGUCUGGCGCAUCUGGCCGCGCUGAUCCCGGCUCUCCUGCCGGCUCGCGGCUUCCCUGCGCCAUCCAGCGCCGGCGUGUUUCGGGAGGUGCAGAGGCUGACUGAGGACCCGCCACAUAGACUGGAAGAGCCAGCCAAACAGAUUGACAAUGCCAGCGCCAAAUCGAUACGAUACUCGCAGGACCUCCCACCUAGUUACCGCAAUGAAAGUGUUUCUGACAGCAGAGUUGGAAAUCUUUCGAUUCACACUAUGGAGAAGUUUGACAAGGUGAUGGACAAUAGGAUAGACACUGCAGAUGGCCCCAGAAACGUCACCCAGGCCACCCUGCACAGAAAUGUCAUCCACCAUGAGUGCCGGGUGGAUGAAGAUUGUGGAACUGACUGCUACUGUCUCUACAAGAUGCUGCGAUCCCAAUGCCUGCCCUGCAAGACUGCGCAGGCGACCUGCACCAAAGAUGAAGAGUGUUGUGGUGCCCAGCUGUGUGUGUGGGGCCAGUGCACUGAAAAUGCCACCAAGGGCACAGCAGGCAGCAUCUGUCAAUACCAGAGUAACUGCAGUGCUGAGCUCUGCUGUGCAUAUCAUGAAGGCCUCCUGCUCCCCGUGUGCAUGGGCCGGCUUCUGGAGCAACAGCACUGUCAUACUCACUCCAACCACUUGGUGGCGCAGUUGAAUUGGAUCUCGGCGGGAGAAGGUCCCUUGGAUCAGUGCCCCUGUGCAGCUGGCCUGUGGUGUCAGUCCCGUGGUCAAGGCUCUGUGUGCAUCCAACACCAAAACUCCUCCAGUGAAGAAGACCUGACCGAAUCCCUCUACGCCGAGAUAGAUUACAUCAUCUGAUGCCAAUCCUGCCGAUGGGACGCACCUCUCUGUGUUUCCCAUACAAAUCUUGUCGUCCUCCAUGCCAAGCAGGUCCACACGGCUGUAAUUUCUGCACACCUUUAAGUGGCUGAUGACCUCAGUUAACUGGUUUAAGUAUUAUCUAUUAUUCAUCCAACAGCAAAGCAUGUGAAUUCCUGUCUCUCUCCAGGAAAAUAUCCUGCUGUAUAAACAGGUAAAACAGUGUGUUGCUUUGGAUAAAAGCUUAAGACACAAUGUACACAGAAUGAUGUGGCGUCCCUGUGCACCACACGGGUGUCGGCCUAUAUGUGCUGAAACUUCAGCCUCUGCUUUGCGCUUCCUGUGAGUUCCUGAGUUUUAAUCGCAGCUUCCGACCCAAAACAGAACCCAACCCCCAGAGCCGCAUGGCUGGUUAGUAUGGUAGGUAAUUCACACUGGUAGUUUAGAUAAAUAACAUUUGCUGCUUAAACUCUGUAUAAUCUGUCAAAUAAAAGAGUCUCAGGUUCAAAUGGCCUUUGAAAGUAAAAAAAAAAAUUAGUUAAAAGCGUUAAGUGAAGUUUCCUGGCAGACGCAGGUAUUAGAGAAUAUGUAUGUAUGUUUAAUUGAAUGUUCUUCUGCAUGUGAGUGAAGAGGCUGCAGUUUUUAGUGCUUGUGUAACAUUUCACUGGCUGAUGCUAAGGUUGUAGCGCCAGUUUUGGCAGAAAGCCGUACAGCAGGGCUGCCAAGUUCCCUCCCCGUGUCCCCGCAGGUGUGUAUGGGGACUGCGCCCUGCUCCCUCACCUCCAUGCAGGUCUGUGACCCGUGUUACAGUGGCUGCAGUGCUCUGUAUCUGUCUGGAUGUUCUCUUUGAUGAUGAUAACACCAAAUAUCAAUGACUGGGAGAAACAUCCAGGUCAGAAAAGAUUCAGUAGGUUCAGGUGCUUUGUCUGUGUUUAAGGUGAAGGGUUCAAAGCCCUGGGUUGGCAGACUGGGGCUUGGUAAAACGGGGAGCUGUGCUCAAGGCACCCGAUCAGGCCAGAUAAUAGAUAAUCUGUCAGCUCUUGGCCAGAUGGCAUGGAUGGGAGGUAGGGGAAUGGGGCUGAAUGUUACCCUGACAGUCGGGGUCAACGAAAAUUAACCAGCUGUAUGUGGAAUAGACCAGGAGAACAUAACCUAAGUUAAAGUACAACAAAA